AUGACCGACAUGGUUGGAGGGCAAAGCGACGAUGUUCAUCAGGUCCCUCCUCCUCUUCCCCCCGCGCCCAUGGAGAACUACACUUUUCCGGAGCACCGUCUGAAGCGCAAGAUGGACGAUCCUGAGAAGACUCCUCUGCUGCUCGUGGCUUGUGGUUCCUUCUCGCCCAUCACCUACCUCCAUCUGCGCAUGUUCGAGAUGGCGGCCGAUUACGUUAAAUUCAGCACUGACUUUGAACUCAUCGGCGGGUAUCUCUCCCCCGUCUCGGAUGCUUAUCGGAAGGCUGGGUUGGCUAGCGCGGAACAUCGGGUUGCGAUGUGCCAGCUCGCGGUUGAUCAGACAUCCAAUUGGCUGAUGGUCGACACGUGGGAGCCGAUGCAGAAGGCGUAUCAACCGACCGCCGUCGUGCUGGAUCACUUUGACCACGAGAUCAAUGUCGUGCGAGAGGGUAUCGAUGCGGGAGAUGGCACCCGGAAGCCCGUCCGGGUUGCCUUGCUUGCAGGCGCCGACCUGAUCCAUACCAUGUCGACUCCGGGGGUGUGGAGUGAGAAGGAUCUGGAUCACAUUCUGGGCAAAUACGGGUCAUUCAUCGUGGAACGCAGCGGCACUGACAUUGACGAAGCGCUGGCCACCCUGCAGCCUUGGAAGGACAACAUCUACGUCAUCCAGCAGCUUAUCCAAAACGACGUUAGCAGCACCAAGAUCCGUCUUUUCUUGCGGCGCGAGAUGAGCGUGCGCUACCUGAUUCCCGUCCCGGUCAUCCACUACAUCGAGCAGCACCACCUCUACGAGGACGACAGCACAACGACGGCCGCACCCUCGCCGGCCGACAAGGGCAAAGAACGCUCGCAGCCGGGAAAAUCAGGCUGA